UGUGGCGCACUGUUCGGCUUCUCUUCAGUCUAGUGCAGCGCGGCUUGGUUCGGCGGUCCUUUCGCUCAGACCCUCACUCCCUUUCAAGCCCUUGCUUUGACGCGACCCCUGUACCUCAGGCGCGGCCUUCCAGGAGUCUGCCCUUUCCCGGAAGGCCCAGGCCUUAUUUUGCAAGGAGACAGUCGCACUGCCAGCGGCAGUCUGCCCUGAGAUUAUUUGCAAUGGCAGGGUUUGAUAACUUAAAUACGGAUUUCUACCAGACAAGUUACAGCAUCGAUGACCAGUCACAGCCGUCCUAUGACUAUGGAGGAAGUGGAGGACCCUAUAGCAAACAGUAUGCUAGCUAUGACUACUCGCAGCAAGGCCGAUUUGUCCCUCCAGACAUGAUGCAGCCACAACAGCCAUACACCGGGCAGAUUUUUCAGCCUACUCAGGCAUAUACUCCAGCGACACCUCAGCCAUUCUAUGGAAACAACUUUGAGGAUGAGCCACCUUUAUUAGAAGAAUUAGGUAUCAAUUUUGACCACAUCUGGCAAAAAACACUAACAGUGUUACAUCCAUUAAAAGUAGCAGACGGUAGCAUCAUGAAUGAGACUGAUUUGGCAGGACCGAUGGUUUUUUGCCUUGCUUUUGGAGCCACAUUGUUACUGGCUGGCAAAAUCCAAUUUGGCUAUGUAUAUGGGAUCAGUGCAAUUGGAUGUCUAGGAAUGUUUUGUUUACUAAAUUUAAUGAGUAUGACAGGUGUUUCAUUUGGGUGUGUGGCAAGUGUCCUUGGAUAUUGUCUUCUUCCCAUGAUCCUACUUUCCAGCUUUGCGGUGAUAUUUUCUUUGCAAGGAAUGGUAGGAAUCAUUCUCACUGCUGGAAUUAUUGGAUGGUGUAGUUUUUCUGCAUCCAAAAUUUUUAUUUCUGCAUUAGCCAUGGAAGGACAGCAACUUCUGGUAGCAUAUCCUUGUGCUUUGUUAUAUGGAGUUUUUGCCCUGAUUUCUGUUUUUUGAACUGAAUUUAUCUGGCAUGUGGACAUCAUUGGGCCAAAAAGGACUUGAACUCUUAAAUUGGACCAGCGAACUGCUACAGUGCAACUCUCAUGCAGACCUAACAUUUGACGGUUGGAGCAAUGGAAGUAAAUAUGUAUCUUUUGUUCAUUUUUAUAGAACUUUUGAAUACUAUAUUGGAUUUAUCUGCAGUAUGACUAGCUUUAAGUAUUUGUGCUUAUACAGAUAAGGUUAAGAAGUGCUAUUUCUCUCCUGUUCCUGCAACCUUUGAAAAACAAAUUUUUUUCCUUGCAAAUUAUAUUAAGAUGUUUUUAAUAGAUUUUUAUCAACUGUGGGAAACUAACCACGUAACUAAUAAUCUUUCUUAGAAACAACCCAGUUAUAGUUAAGAAGACACAAGACGUAUUGCAGAAAUAUUUUUCCAAGGGAUUAGGAAGGAAAUAUUGCCUAUAUUCUCAAGUUAGAUGCACUUGGAGCAAAAAAGUGAUCCCAAAGUAGAGUUUUAUAAGUUUGCACUUCCAAAAUUUGACAUUCCUUUAAAUUAUCUCAUGGAGUUUUUGCUAAAAUUCAAAGAGACAAGAAGUUCAUAGUCUACUUUAUUAUAGACAGGAAAUGUGAACACCUAUUAAGAUAAGCAUUAACUAAAUUGUAGUGACCCAGACUGGCUACAUUUAUGUUCAUAGUUGGAUCUUCAUAUUUCCUAGAAAAUCACUAACCUUUUUUGAAAAAAAUAUUUAAAAUGUCACAAUUUCAGUACUGCAGUUACCAAUGUAAAAUGCAUUUGAUGCUUAGUAAUUAAAAUUUUCCCAAUUUUAA